CCGUGAUUGAAUAGAGAGCUCAAAGGUUCAAAAUCCCAGUUGGAUUUGACUUUCUUUCCCUUCUCUUCACUCUCAUCCGCCAUCCUUUGUCUGCUCUUAGAGGUUGGGAAGCGACCACCAUGAGCGUCACUUUUACCAAUGGUGGUGACCAGAAAGGCGAUGACACUAUUCUUCUACGACCACUCAUCUUGCAAAGGGGUUCCACAAGGGUGGCUCUCCCUGUCACUACUGCUGCAAACACAUGGAUCGCAGCAGAAGUCUUGCGCGACGCUUUCAUUCAUUCCGUCCAGGGUCAAGAGGACCUCCCUGCCGACGACGAUACUCAAAGCUCCAGCAACGAAUUAAUCUUUACUGCCAAAUUUCUUGGCUUCCUCUCUCGGAGCAUCAACAGUUCCUCAGCAUCACAUCUCGCUGUUUUGCGCUCGGCGCUAGAAUAUUUCACGUCGUCCCAUCUCGCAUCGUCCGACAUCCAUACCCUUGCUGCUUCUUUUGAUCCCGACAAUCGUAAGGCACUGCUUACAAAUUAUUUUGCUGCGUUAGCGCUCUUAGAAGCCCACUCCAAUGAUGUCCCGCGUGCCCCCCCAUCUGCCCUCUUCGAGGCCGCUAAGCAAGGAAGGGCCAACAUUUAUGGUCUUUUCGGCGGUCAAGGCACGAAUGAAGUUUAUUUUGACGAAUUACAGAACCUUUAUGACAUCUACAAGCCUUAUGUGCAAGAUCUUAUUUCUGCCAUCUCCGAAUUAGUCCUUGUCCCAGCAGCAGAAAAGGCCACGGAUGAAGGGAUUAAUUACUACGCUCACGGAUUAGACGUCCUUUCGUGGCUUGAAGGCAAAGCGCCUCUACCUCCCUUAGACUAUCUUGCAUCCGUUCCAAUUUCCUUCCCCCUCAUCGGCCUUACCCAACUCGUGCAAUAUCUUGUCACUGCUCGUGUUUCGGGGCUUGAACCAGGCGAUCUUCGGGCUCUUAUCGCAGGCGCUACCGGCCAUUCUCAGGGUGUCGUUUCCGCAGUCGCAAUUUCCGCCUCAACUACGCUCGCCUCGUUCACGGGAAACGCGUCCAAAGCCGUCAAGUGGCUUUUCUAUAGUGGUCUUCGUGGUCAGGAGGCAUUUCCCGUCCUCAGUGUCGAUCCAAAGAUUGUCGGUGACACAGUUGAGGGUGGCGAAGGGACCCCGGCUCCUAUGUUGGCUGUUUCGGGUCUUGAUCGUAAACAACUCGAGAAGCAUAUCGAUGCGACAAAUAAACAUCUGCCUGAGAACUCUCAGCUUUCCAUCAGCUUAAACAAUGGGACGAAGGCCUUUGUCGUCACCGGUCCCGCUAGGGCUCUCUUCGGUCUAGUAGUAGCGUUGAGGAAAAUCCGUGCUCCUUCGGGUACGGAUCAAAGCAAGGUUCCGUUUAGUCAGCGCAAGGUUGUGUUUUCUAUGCGGUUCUUGGUCGUUGGUGUGCCGUAUCACAGCCGCUACCUUGCCAGUGCGACAGAUAAGGUUGUGCGGGACCUUGAGGGGGAGCUCUGGACCGCUGAUGAAUUAGCCGUCCCCGUUUAUCACACUGAGGAUGGUUCUGACCUUCGUGAGCUCAAGACGUCGCUCACUCGCUCGUUACUUGAUCAAAUCUUCACACUCCCCAUCUUCUGGCAGAAGGCCACGAAUUUCCCUUCAGAUGCUACCCAUGCUUUGGACUUUGGUCCUGGUGGCCUCAGCGGCAUUGGUCCGCUUACUGGGAGGAACCUCGAAGGGCGAGGCGUCCGUGUACUCGUCCUUGGCGAGAAGGGCAGGAACGGUGCCGAGGUUUAUGAUGCGAGCGGUGUCAAGUACGAGGAUUGGUGGAGCAAGAAGUGGACACCCAAGCUUGUUAAGACCAGCACUGGUCAAAUCUUCAUCGAUUCUCCAUUUUCUCGCCUUCUCGGAAAGCCUCCGAUUAUGGUCGCCGGUAUGACCCCUUCCACUGUCAAGGCAGGCUUCGUUUCUGCCAUCCUCAGCGCAGGCUACCACGUCGAACUUGCUGGAGGAGGUCAUUACAAUGCUGCUGCUGUUCGCGCUAAGGUUGCCGAAAUCCAAUCUAACAUCCCCCCUGGCGUUGGUAUCACUUUGAAUUCUUUAUACAUCAACCCCCGCCAGUUUGGAUUCCAAUUCCCUCUAUGGCAGGAGCUGAAGCGCGAAGGUUUGCCCAUUGAAGGUUUCUGCGUUGCUGCGGGUAUUCCUAGCACUGAGAAAGCCGCUGAGAUCAUUGAUGCACUUCGCGCCGCUGGUAUCAAGCAUGUUGCUUUCAAACCUGGUUCCGUUGAGGGCAUCAGACAGGUUGUAGCCAUCGCUGCUUCCAAUCCUGAUUUCCCUAUCAUUCUGCAGUGGACCGGCGGUCGUGCAGGUGGGCACCACUCCUAUGAGGACUUCCAUCAGCCUAUCCUUGCGACAUAUGGUGCCAUUCGUCAGCAACACAACAUUUCGCUUAUCGCUGGUUCCGGUUUCGGAGACGCUGAGGGUACAUGGCCGUAUAUCACCGGUGAUUGGUCCGUGGAAGGGUAUGGCGUCCAGCCAAUGCCUUUCGAUGGUAUUCUCUUCGCUUCGUGGGUUAUGAUAGCCAAAGAGGCGCACACAUCCGAUUCUGUUAAGGAGCUUAUUGUUAAAGCUUCGGGCGUCACUGAUGCCCAAUGGGAAGGGACGUACCAGAAGGAGACCGGUGGCAUCCUUACUGUGCAGUCCGAGCUCGGGGAACCGAUUCACAAGAUUGCGACUCGUGCCGUUAGGCUUUGGAAAGAGUUUGAUAAUUCUGUGUUCAAGUUGCCAAAGGAGAAGCGUGCGGCGUGGCUAAAGCAGAAUGAGGAUUCUGUCAUCGAGAAGCUUAAUCGCGACUUCAACAAACCUUGGUUUGCGCAAAAGAAAGAUGGGGAGGUCGUGAAGGAUCUUGGGGAUCUGACGUAUGAGGAGACAGUCCUUCGGCUCGUUCGUCUGAUGUACGUUGAGCAUCAGAAGAGGUGGAUUGACCUUACGCUUCGAAAUCUCCUGGGAGACUGGUUACGUCGUGUCGAGGAGCGAUUCGCGGGUGUCAAUGGCAAGCCGAAAAGAUCGAUUCUGCAAAGUUAUUCGUCGCUCGAUGAGCCCGAGGCUUUCUUGAAGACGUUCUUUGGGAUAUAUCCGGAAUCUCAAGAGCAGUUACUUGCUGCUGAGGAUAAAGCCUUUUUCUUGUCGAUUGCCCAACGGCCUGGUCAGAAGCCAGUACCUUUCAUUCCUGUUCUCGACGCUGGAUUCGAAGUCUGGUUCAAGAAGGACUCUCUUUGGGCAGCGGAAGACAUAGAUGCCGUCUUCGAUCAAGAUCCUCAACGUGUCUGCAUUCUCCAGGGUCCCGUUGCCGUCAAGCAUGCCAAGGUCGCUAAUGUCCCUAUCAAGGAUAUGCUUGGUGGUGUUCAAGAUGCCCUCAUCAAGAAGCUCCUCGAUCGUUAUUACGGUGGUGACGAGAGCAAGAUCCCUACUGUCGAUUAUAUUGGUGCCUCACCUGCGAAAGUGAACCCUACCCUUGCGGAUGCGUACGAAAUUGAAGUCACAUCAACAAAGGAUGUGAUUACGUAUAAGAUUGGGUCGGUUGUGCCUCCAACAGAGGAGUGGCUCGAGAAUCUUGCUGGACCUGAGGUGACCUGGCUUCGUGCCUUCCUUCGAUCCACCAACGUCGUUCAGGGUUCGGGCUACCUCGCCAAUCCUCUUAAACGCCUUUUCUCUCCCCGCCCCCAUCAAACAAUCACUGUGAACUACUCUUCCGGUAUUCCGGUCGCCUUCUCUGUUCGUGGUGCAGCCCGUUCGUUUGGCACGCACAAGCCGGAAUUUGAAGCGGUCAGUGUGAAGUAUGAUCCCACUUCCCGAUACAUUGCCGUCACCAUUUAUGAGGAUCGUAUGGAUACCUCUGUCCCUCUCCACUUCGCUUUCAUCUACCGCCCCGAUCAAGGGUAUUCACCUAUCCAUGAGGUUGUGGAAGGUCGCAACAAGCGCAUCAAAGAGUUCUACUGGAAGUUAUGGUUUGGCGACGAUGAAAUUUUGCCGGAUAUUAACAUUCGUGAUAAGUUUGUCGGCCCUGAGGUUACGAUUGAUGCGGCGACUGUUGAGCGAUUCUGCUCGGUCAUCGGAAAUCAAGGUGAAUCGUUCAAGGCUGCUCGAUCUGCGGAGGUUGAAGCUCCUUUGGACUUUGCCAUUGUUACCGGGUGGAAGGCUAUCAUGCAAGCUAUCUUCCCUGAUGCUGUGGACGGCGACCUAUUGAAGCUCGUUCACUUGUCUAACGGCUUCCGGGUCCUUAACUCGGCUCGCUCUUUCGGAGCCGGCGAUGUCUGCCAUGCCGAAGCUCGGAUUGCAUCGGUUGCUAACAGCGACAGUGGUAAGACGGUCAAAGUCGUCGGUCAGGUUAUUCGCGAAGGUGUGCCAGUGAUAGAGGUGAACUCCGCCUUCUUGUACCGUGGACGUUUCUACGACUAUGAGAAUACGUUCGAGAUUGUCGAUGAGCCUGACUAUGUCGUUAGCGUCAAAGACGCUCCUGCCGUUGGGAUUCUCAUGUCAAAGGAAUGGUUUGACUGGGAAGAUGGCGCGAAACCGCUCCUUCCGGGAACUAAUCUCAUCUUCCGCGUGCAAACUGAGAUUUCUUACAAGGACAAGGCCAGAUUCUCGGCUGUCUCUGUCGUUGGACGUGUUUACGUCCGCGAUCAACUUAAAACGCUCAUUCCCGUUGCCUCGGUUGAUUACUCUGCCGGCGUAUCACUUGGCAAUCCCGUUGUCUCCUAUCUCCAGAGGCACGGCGAGGUUCAAGGGCAGCCUGUGCUUUUCGAGAACUCGUACACUCUCACCAGUUCUAAAGUCCCCUCCAUUUACGUUGCGCCCGCCUCGAAUGAGCCUUAUUCCAAAGUUUCAGGCGAUUUCAAUCCUAUUCAUGUCAACCCUUACUUUUCUGCUUAUGCUUCUCUUCCUGGAACCAUCACGCAUGGUAUGUGGUCUAGUGCCGCUACCCGAAAGUACGUCGAAUCCGUUGUCGCUGAGGGCCACCCCGAGCGCGUCAUUUCGUACGACGUCGGUUUCGUGGGUAUGGUUCUCCCAGGUGACGAAGUUUCCGUCAAGUUAUCCCACAUUGGCAUGAAGGCUGGCAACAUGGUCGUCAAGGUCGAAACCACCAACCAGCACGGCGAGAAAGUUAUUGAGGGUUCUGCCGAGGUUGCUCAGCCCCCUACCGCGUAUGUCUUCACCGGCCAGGGUUCGCAGGAGCCUGGGAUGGGUAUGGAUCUUUACAAAUCGUCCCCUGCUGCUCGUGCUGUUUGGGAUAGUGCCGAUGAGCACUUGCUUGCAGUUUAUGGGUUCUCUAUCAUCGAACUCGUCAAGGGGAAUCCGAAGGAGAAGACGAUUCACUUUGGUGGUAUUAAAGGUCAGGCUAUUCGUCAACGUUACAUGGAUAUGUCGUACGAUGUGAUGGACAAGGACGGCAACGUCAAGACACUCCCUCUCUUUCCGGACAUCAACCUUCGUACCCCGAAAUACACCUUCAAUCACCCCACCGGUCUUCUUUUCGCCACCCAGUUUGCUCAAAUUGCCCUCGUCGUUACUGAGAAAGCCGCCUUUGACGAUAUGAAAUCGAAGGGUCUCGUCCAAGCCAACUGCGCCUUCGCUGGGCACUCUCUUGGAGAGUACUCUGCUCUCGCAUCGAUCGCUGAUGUCCUCCCUAUUUCGUCCCUUGUUGACGUUGUCUUUUACCGUGGCAUUACGAUGCAGCGUGCCGUCGAGCGUGAUGCUCAGAAUAGGUCGAAUUAUGCCAUGUGUGCCGUUAACCCGAGCCGCAUUUCCAAGACGUUCAAUGAGCCUGCUCUACAAGAGGUUGUCGAUGUUGUUGGUCGUCGCAGCGGAGUUCUCUUGCAGAUUGUGAAUUACAAUGUUGAGGGCUCGCAAUAUGUCUGCGCUGGCGACCUGCUGGCCCUUCAAGCACUUACCAAUGUUCUUAAUUAUCUCAAGAAAGAGAAUGUGGACAUCGAGAAGCUUGCCAAGACUCUUGGUGUCGAGAAGGUAAAAGAAAUGCUUCAGGAUAUCGUCGACAAUUGCGUCGAUUUGGCCAAGAAGAAGCAGGUGGCGGAAGGCCAUAUCACACUGGAACGUGGAUUCGCCACGAUUCCACUUCCCGGUAUCGACGUGCCUUUCCACUCUCGUUAUUUAUGGGCUGGCGUCAUGCCCUUCCGCGCAUAUCUCUCGAAGAAAAUCAAUCCCGCCCACCUUAAUCCAGAUCUCCUCGUUGGGAAAUACAUCCCCAACCUCAUCGCCAAGCCAUUCCAGGUCACAAAAGAGUAUGCCCAACUCAUUUACGAUCAAACCUCUUCUCCCCGCCUCGACAAAGUUCUGAAGAACUGGGAGCGUGAACACUGGGCCAGUGUCGAACAACGCCAAAAACUUGCAUACACGGUUCUCGUCGAGCUCCUCGCUUACCAGUUUGCUUCUCCGGUUCGCUGGAUCGAAACGCAGGACCUUCUCUUUGGCCAUUUCACCUUCGAGCGUUUGAUUGAACUUGGCCCUGGUCCCACACUUACCGGCAUGGCUGCCCGUACCCUUAAGGCGAAAUACGAGGCUUCUGAUGACUCAGUCGGCCGUACUCGUGUCAUUUACUGCCAUGCGAAAAAUCCCAAAGAGAUUUACUAUCAAUUCGAGGACGAGGCCUCUCCCGAACCCGCUCCAGAUGCGGCAGCGCCCGCCCCUGUAUCUGCUCCAGUUGCCGCGACCCCUGCGUCAGUCGCUGCCCCUGCUCCUAUUGCUGCUCCUCCAGCUGGCGGGGCUGCAGCUGUUGCCGAUGAGCCCCUCAAAGCAGUUGAUACUCUUCGUGUCAUCAUUGCCCAGAAGCUCAAGAAGAAAUUUGACGAGGUUCCUCUCUCUAAGUCCAUCAAGGAUCUCGUCGGUGGCAAGUCAACUCUUCAGAACGAGAUACUCGGUGACCUCAACCUCGAAUUUUCUUCCGCUCCCGAAAAGGCUGAGGAGCUUCCCCUCGAUGAGCUCGGAUCGUCGCUUGGCGGCAAUUAUUCUGGGCAACUCGGCAAGCACACCAACAGUCUCAUCUCGCGUAUGAUCGGUGCCAAGAUGCCUGGUGGCUUUAAUUUGACUGCAGUGAAAGCAUACCUCAAUAAGACCUGGGGGCUUGGACCAUCACGCUCCGAUGGUGUGCUUCUCCUCGGUCUCACGGUUGAGCCUGCUUCGCGUCUUGGUUCCGAGGCGGAUGCAAAGUCAUGGUUGGAUGGCGUUGUCGCUACGUAUGCUCAAACUGCGGGCAUCUCGUUGUCUUCUGGUAGCGCUGGUGGCACAGCAGGAGGCAGUGGAGGAGCCGUGAUCAAUAGUGAGGAGUUCAUCAAAUUCCAGGCUGAGCAACAUGAGUUCGCGCGUCGUCAAAUUGAAUUGUACAUGCGAUAUUUGGACGUGGACUCUCGGGAAGAUGCUCGCCGAGCUGACAACACCAAAGUAGAUGCAGAUGCCCUCCAGGCGAAGCUUGAUGCCAUCGACAAGGAGCACGGUGACACCUAUAUCAGAGGCAUCAUGCCUGCUUUCGAGCCCCUUAAAGCCCGGCACUUCGACUCUUCAUGGAAUUGGGCUCGUCAAGAAGCCCUCAUCUUAUGGUACGAUAUCCUUCACGGUCGCAUCUCCACGGUCGAUCGCGACAUCACUGCCCGGUGCAUCACCAUCAUCAAUCGUGCGGAUGAUACUUUACUGCGUUACAUGCAGUACUACGUUGACAGAUGUGAUCCUUCUCGUGGCGAGACUUAUCGUCUUGGUAAGGAGUUCGGUCAGCAGUUGAUUGACAAUUGCCGCGAGGCGUUAGGCAAAGCUCCACUGUACAAAGAUGUCACGUUCCCCACCGCUCCUCACACCGAGGUUACCGAGAGGGGAGAUAUCGUUUACAAGGAGGUAGUUCGAGAAGGUGUGCGUAAACUUGAGGCUUAUGUUGACGAGAUGGCUACCGGCGGUGGCCCUUCUUCUGCCGUUAACAUCCAGAAGGUGCAGGAGGAUGUUCUUAAGCUUUGGAAUCUCGUGAAGUCACAACCCGAGAUUAGCCAGGAACAGAAGAAUAGAAUCAAAGCGCUUCCCUCGCACUCGCCGUUCCUCUUCGCAAUUCCUUCGUCCCCAGAUCACUACCCCCCCACUAGCCUCUCUGAUGACAACACCCCUCUCCUCCAUCUCAAACGGAAAUCUGGCCCCAACUGGGAGUAUUCCAGCAACCUGACCAGCGUAUAUCUCGAUGUCUUGAAUGAAAUCGCUACUUCGGGAACGACGUUUAAGGACAAGAACGCUCUGCUAACUGGUGUCGGGAAAGGUUCCAUUGGCGUCGAGGUCUUGAAGGGGCUUCUCUCUGGUGGUGCUCACGUCGUCAUCACCACCUCACGGUACAGUCGUCAGACUGUUGAGUACUACCAAGGGAUCUAUCAAGCAUUCGGCAGCCGCGGUUCCGCCCUUACCGUUGUUCCCUUCAAUCAAGGGUCUAAGCAGGAUGUGGAGGCGUUGGUUGAUUACGUCUAUUCCACAUUAAACCUUGAUCUUGAUUACAUCCUUCCUUUCGCUGCCAUUCCGGAGAACGGACGUGAGAUCGAUGGGCUGGAUGAUAAAUCUGAGCUGGCACAUCGUCUCAUGCUUGUCAAUCUCCUGCGCCUUAUGGGUGCCGUUAAAGUCAAAAAGGCCAACCGAAACUUCGUCACCCGUCCGACGCAAGUCGUUCUUCCUCUCUCUCCCAACCAUGGUCUCUUCGGCAAUGAUGGUCUCUACUCUGAGUCAAAGAUUUCCCUCGAGACAUUAUUCUCUCGCUGGAGUUCAGAGAGCUGGGGUGAAUAUCUCGGUCUUGUCGGGGCUGUGAUCGGGUGGACGCGCGGGACAGGUCUCAUGUCAGCUUCGAACACUGUCGCAGCUCAGCUCGAGAGCUUCGGCGUUCGUACCUUCUCUGCCAAGGAAAUGGCGUUCAACAUCCUAGGUCUCAUGCAUCCCCUCCUCUUCAGCGUCACCCAAGUUGAGCCCAUCUGGGCUGAUCUCAAUGGAGGAAUGGAUCGUCUUUCGGACCUCGCCGAAAUUACCACCAAAAUUCGCAAUGAUCUCAAUGCUGAAGCUAGCCUGCGGCGCGCCAUCACUCGUGAUAACUCUGCCGACUACAAAGCUAUCAAUGGAUCGAAUGCCGAUGACGCACUUCAGAGCGUCCCAGUCACCCCUCGCGCCAACUUCAAAUUCGAGUUCCCGAAACUCGAAACUCCGGAAUCUUUGACCGACCUCUCCAAACUUCAGGGCAUUCUUGACCUUGAUAAGGUUAUUGUCGUCACCGGCUUUGCUGAAGUCGGCCCUUGGGGUUCUUCCCGUACUCGCUGGGAGAUCGAAGCCCGAGGAGAGUUUACAAUCGAAGGCUGUAUCGAAAUGGCGUGGCUCACUGGACACAUCAAACACUUCGAUGGCAAGCUCAAGAGCGGUAGCCUGUAUGUUGGCUGGGUGGAUGCCAAGACCGGAGAGCCGGUAGAUGACAAAGACGUCAAGUCAAAGUACGAGAAAGAAAUCCUUGCCCACUCUGGCAUACGCCUCGUCGAGCCCGAACUGUUCAAGGGUUACGAUCCUAACAAGAAAGGCUUCAACCAGGAGGUCGAACUGACGCACGAUCUUGAACCACUGGAGGUCUCGGAAGAGCAAGCUCAGAAUUUCAAGCGUCAACACGGCGAUAAAUGUGACGCAUGGGCGCAGCCUACGGGUGAAUGGUUCGUGCGUUUCAAAAAGGGCGCUCGCAUCCUUGUUCCGAAGGCAGUGGCCUUCAGCCGCCUUGUGGCGGGCCAGAUUCCAACGGGCUGGCACGCUGGACGCUACGGAAUUCCUGACGACAUUAUCGCGCAAACGGACCGCACGGCAUUGUGGGCUCUCACUUGUACCGCAGAAGCUUUGAUCAUGUCUGGUGUUACGGAUCCUUACGAACUUUACAAGCACAUCCACCCCUCCGAAGUCGGUACUUCUUUGGGGAGUGGUAUGGGUGGUAUGGAAAGUUUGUCGGCCAUGUUCAGGGAUCGUCGUGAAGAAAAGGAUGUUCAGAAAGAUAUCCUACAAGAAACUUUCAUCAACACUGUCGCUGGCUGGGUCAAUCUUCUCCUUCUCUCGUCCAGUGGACCAGUCAAGAUUCCUGUUGGUGCUUGCGCUACUGCUCUUCAAUCUCUGGAGAUUGCGAGUGACACCAUUAUUUCUGGAAAGGCCAAGGUUAUGAUUGCUGGGGGCUUCGAUGAUUUCAGUGAGGAGGGCUCAUUCGAGUUUGCUAACAUGGGAGCGACAUCAGACUCGAAGACUGAAUUUGCUAUGGGACGCGAACCAAAUGAAAUGUCUCGUCCGACGAGCAGCACUCGUGCGGGUUUCAUGGAAGCACAAGGAUGUGGUGUUCACGUGCUCAUGAGUGCCAGAACCGCACUUGAGAUUGGUGCUACCAUCCGCGGGGUCGUUGCUUUCACCUCAACUUCGACCGAUAAAGCUGGACGCUCCGUCCCCGCACCUGGCAAAGGUGUGCUCACCAUUGGGCGGCAGGUUCGGUCCAAGUCCGACAUUCCUAUCCUCGAUCUAGCCUACCGUUCUCGCCAACUUGCAUUCCGCCGAAAGCAAAUCAAACAAUGGAUUGAGAACGAGCACGAACUCCUCAAAGGAGAGGUUGAGCUCCAACCCGAGUCAUCUCGUGAAGAGUACCUUCGGGAGCGUGUCGCUGCUAUCGAGGCCGAAGCUGCUCGUCAAGAAAAGGAUGCCCUUGCUACAUAUGGUAUGCUGGAAGGGAGCGAUCCUCGCGUUGCACCUCUGCGUCGCGCUCUUGCUGUAUGGGGUCUCACACCUGAUGACUUGGGAGUUGUCUCUAUCCAUGGCACUAGCACGAUGGCCAACGAGAAGAACGAGACGUCAGUGUACAAUGACGUCUUCACCAACAUCGGGCGCACGCCUGGCAACGCUAUUCCUGUCAUUGCUCAAAAGAGUCUUACUGGUCACCCGAAGGGCGGAGCCGCUGCAUGGAUGUUUAAUGGCAUUUGCCAGACUAUCCUCUCGGGCGUCGUUCCGGGCAACCGCAAUGCCGAUAACGUUGAUAUCAACCUGAAGAAGCACGAGUUCCUGCUAUUCCCUUCGAAGACGAUCCACACAGAUGGCAUCAAGGCUGGCAUCAUGACGUCCUUCGGUUUCGGUCAAGUUGGUGGAGCCGCUGUUGUAGUUCAUCCUCGCUACCUUUUCGGCGCCAUCGACACCACACGCUACGCUAAAUACUGCAAAUUAAAUAGGGAACGCGCCCUUUCAUCGUACAAGGCUAUGAGUGAAAUGAUGAUCCACAACAACCUUGUUAAGAUCAAGGAGCACCCGCCGUAUUCGACUGAACUCGAAGUCCCAGUCCUCCUGAACUCUGCCGCUCGUGCCUCUCCCGAUAAGACUGGCAGCUACUCAUUCUCAGAACUUCCUUCUUCUGUACCUGUUGACACGGCCAAUGCUCAGCUUGCUGCUCAGGCCCUGAAGAGUGCCAAUAUUGCCGGCGUGGGGGUUGAUCAGGAACUUAUCUCGUCCGUUCCCUCCUGGAAUCCCACCUUCGUCGAGAAGAACUACACCGAUGCUGAAACUGCAUAUUGCAGAUCGCAACCUAAUCCAUCUGCCUCUUUCGCCUCGCGCUGGGCUGGAAAGGAGGCUGUUUUCAAAUCUCUGGGAGUCGCCGGAAAGGGUGCGGGUGCAUCCUUGAAAGACAUCGAGAUACUCCCCGAGCCCUCUGGAGUGCCCCAAGUUAUCUUACACGGGGACGCGAAAGCCGCCGCCGAGUCAAAGGGGAUCACCAAAAUCCACAUCUCAUUGAGCCACUCAGAUUCUGUUGCUAUCGCGUUUGCGCAGGCAUCCCUCUAAUUCAUCCAGCCCUCUCUGCCUCGUCGCAUUCCAUUGUCAUUUACUUUGCAUCAACUUCGCGACCUUUUUUGUAGUGUUUUUAUUUCGUUCCUUUCGUAGACGGUUACCAAGUAGAGUAUUCCCACUAUAUUCAAUGCGAUUCGAGCCCCAAGGCAUUAGAGCUGCCCGCGCUCACGCAGGUCCCCCUCAGAUUUAAGGCCCGGCAGCUUCAAUCCAACGACGACGCCCCUUCCCCGCAGUAUGUGAUUUCUUCAAAGCCCACAGUUGGUUGAGCCAUCACGCAUCGAUAACAGGAUAGAUUAUUAUUCUGAUGUUAGUCAAUGAAUUGUUUUUAUAAACAUGCAGAUUGCCAAGUCCGAAAUAAAACGAAGAGUGCUCAGU